ACGAGAUGAUCUUCCGGCCCAUCGUCAAUGUUAUUGGCAUCAUCAGAGGCAAAGUGGAACCAGAUCGGUUCGUGAUGAUAGGCAGCCAGACGCACGAUGACACUCUCGGCUCUGCGCACCCGCUUCUGUCGGUGAGCGAGGUGCUGGUGCAGAGCAAGGUGUUCUGCCACAUGCACAAGAGCCACCGCUGGACCCCCCGGCGAAGCCUCAUGUUCGCGCUCUUCUACAGCGAGGAGGGCAGCCUCAUGGGCUCCACCGAGUGGGUCGAGGACCACAUGUCCGUGCUGCAGAACAGCGGCGUCCUCUACAUCACUGGCGGCUUGCUUAGCGGAGACAAGUUCACACCGCGGGCCACGCCUGGUCUAUCGUGGUCACUGCGCCAUGUUGCCGAACUGAUGGUCAUGCUCCUCGUCAAGUCACUCGCUGCGCCGCUGUUGAAAGCUGCCUUGACCGCCGACCUGGUACGGAGCUGA